UUCUGAUACUCGAUGGUGGAAAUGUAACGUUGAUCAGUGUUUUUUCAUGAGAAACGUUUCUAACAAAACUUUAAUUUUUUUUUCGCAAUCCACAAGAGAAGAAAGAAAAUAUGGAAUAUUCUGACUUUGAAGCUUAUUAUAUGCGUGUGAAAUAACAUUGGAAGCGUUAGUAUGGCUUUCUUUAUACUUUUUAAGAUAUGUCUCGUACAACUUGAGAAUAGUUACUGAAUUUAAUAUAAUACUAUUGUAGAUAUUAAGAGAAACAGUACAUAAGAUAAACAUGGCAGUGCAUAGACAAGAAAAAGAUUACACGGUUGUAAAUCUUAUCCGUCAAAGGGAAAUACAAGAAUCCAUAGCAUAUACGGUCUCUCAAAAAUUACACGUUACUGAAGAUUUGGUAUUACGAUUGGGAUUAGAAAAAGAAUUGAAUGGUCAUUCUGGUUGUGUUAAUUGUUUAGAAUGGGAUGAAACUGGAAAAGUACUAGCUUCUGCCUCGGAUGAUACAAAUAUUAUAUUAUGGGAUCCAUUUCGUUAUGAAAAAAAGUUAGUUAUUCAUACUGGACACCGUGGAAAUAUAUUUUCUGCAAAGUUCAUGCCAAAGACAAAUAAUAAUGUGUUGGUAUCAGGGGCAGCUGAUUGUAAAGUCCAAGUACACGAUCUUAGUCUCACGGAACCGAUCCUUGCAUGCUAUUGUCAUCUAGGACGUGUUAAACGUAUAGCUACAAUAGGAAGUAUACCUUCAUUAUUUUGGAGCGUGGCUGAAGAUGGUUUGGUACUGCAGUAUGAUAUACGUGUACCACAUACAUGUGAAAAUAAUGAGCCUAACGUACUUAUAAACUUGGUAAAUCAUAUGGGAAGAUCCGCGGAAGGAAAAUGUAUCUCCAUAAAUCCUAAGAGACCAGAAUUGGUAGCUAUUGGGGCUAACGAUGCUUACAUAAGGAUGUAUGAUCGCAGAAUGAUCAAACAUUCUCAGGUUGUUCCAAUUGUUUUUCCUCACGUUGACUGGGACAGGAGACAUCUUAGCUUCAUUCGAAGCGGCGAAGGUGAUCCGGAGGAUAAUGUACCAUUGGGUUGUGCACAGUAUUUUAUCGCGGGCCAUCUGCACUCACGUCCGCGUGAUGGUAAUAGAAGCCUUACAGCAACAUAUUUGACCUUUAGUGCCGAUGGGAAUGAAUUGCUAGUUAAUAUGGGCGGAGAACAGAUUUAUUUAUAUGAUAUCAACAAUUCAAAGAAUUCAAAAAUAUUUCAAAGUUAUAAUAUUAAAAAUAUUUCAGAGACGAAUGAAAAAGAUUCAAAAUCAAAAAAUGGUUGUAUAGAAAAUUGUGAUGUUAAUCUUGCUAAUACAAAUAUCAGAACUCUGCCUCAUCAUGUCGAAGAAUUAAAACGUCAGGCUAAUGAAGGUUUUGAACAACAAAAAUAUACUAUAGCAAUCAAUUUAUAUAAUAAAGCUAUUAGUUACUGCCCCACAGCAGCUGUACUUUUUGCUAAUAGAGCUGCAGCAUUUAUGAAACGCGCUUGGGAUGGUGAUACUUAUGCUGCUUUACGUGAUUGUCGGACGACUUUGCUUCUUGAUCCACAACAUGUAAAGGCACACUUUAGGUUAGCACGAUGUUUGUUUGAUCUAAAUAGAUCAGUUGAAGCUGAAAAAGUUAUUAAAAAUUUUUUAUGCAAAUUUCCUGAAUAUGCAUCCAAUUCUGCAUGCAAAGCUUUGAAAAUGGAUAUUAAAGAAGCUAUUGAUUCAGGUAGGGACAUUGAUAGUUUCGAACAAGAUCUUUCACGAAUCUCAGGCUAUGAGAAAGAAUGGAGAAGCAAUACUAUAGAUUAUAAAAUGAGAUUUUGUGGUCAUUGUAACACUACAACAGACAUAAAAGAAGCUAAUUUUUUUGGAAACAAUGGACAAUAUAUAGUUGCCGGAUCGGACGAUGGUUCCUUUUUUAUUUGGGAUCGGAAUACAACAAAUAUUAUACGUGUAUUAAGAGGUGAUGAUAGAAUUGUAAAUUGUCUUCAGCCACAUCCAUCAACAUGUCUAUUGGCAACAAGUGGCAUAGAUCCAGUUAUCAGAUUAUGGAGCCCACUACCAGAAGAUGGCAGUAUAAACGACAGGGAAAUUAAAAAUUUGGAAGAUGCUGCAUCUGCAAAUCAAAUACGUAUGAAUAGAGAUCCAUUUGAAUUAAUGCUGAUUAAUAUGGGUUAUAGAUUUCCGGUUGAACAACCUGAAGAGAAUGAACCUAAUGAAGAAAUUGAUGAUCAAAACGAUCAACCGAUUGUUCAUCCGUUAAAUUGUAGACCAAGCUAAGCCUUUGAGAAAAGAGAAAUGAAACUAAUGUCGAUUAUUUGAUAAAAUUUUUCUCAUCAAAAACUAUUGCACGCCUUAUAUUCGUAAUAUAUCUUAUUCCAUUUUAAUUAGA